CUCCAGGUGAAGGAGGAGCGAAUACAGCGUCUGUGGGAAUUCAGGAAGUUACCUGAAGCCAAUCUGCUCUUUUACUCCACUUUGACAUCUCUCUGCACCAUCUGUCAUGCAUUUGCAAUCUAUUGUCAGAAUGGAAUACAUCUGGUACUGGUUGGAUGGAUCUGGGCAGUGGAUUGAAUAUGGGAAACAGCAUGCAAAUUAUUGUGCUGCCACGGUGACUUCUGCAGAUCUGGAGGCAGCAUUUCUAGCGGACCAAAAAGGCACUGUAUUGUUUCAAGCUGGUUCUUGGCAGUAUGAGAUAAACUUUCAAGAUAUGGUCCAGAUAAACUUGCACUAUCAAACUCGGAGAAAAGUCUGUAGGUGGCCAAAGUUUGUGUUCUUCGGCGGGGGAGACAAGAGUGAGAGAAGCCAAUUGGAAACUACUUAUCCAUUUCAUCUGUUUCCUCCAAACUGGGACCAAUCAGCACUGCCUGAAAUAGGUUACAAGUUGGUGGAGCUGAGUGAUACUACCAGUGAAUACAAGGAGGUCAAGGACCUAUUUGAGAAGACAAUGAAAAAUUAUAGAAUCUGCAGAUUACAGAGGAUUCAGAACCCAUCACUUUGGCAAGUUUUCCAGUGGCAAAAGGAGCAGAUGAGGAAGACAAACAGAGGAAGAGAUGUGGAUGAGAGGCUCUUAUUCCAUGGAACAAGUACAUCCCAUCUGCAUGCCAUCUGCGGGCAGAACUUUGACUGGAGAAUCUGUGGGACCCAUGGAACAUUAUACGGAAAAGGAAGCUACUUUGCCAGAGAUGCUCGUUAUUCCCAUCAAUAUUGUCAGACUGGCUCCAGUUCCAAGACCAUGAUCGUAGCUCGAGUGCUAGUUGGGGACUUUGUUCAAGGAAACAGUAACUACCUUCGCCCUCCACUCAGACCUAACAAUUCAAACAGCUUUUAUGACAGCUGUGUGGACAGCCCAGGGAAUCCCUCCAUUUUUGUCAUCUUUGAGAAGCACCAGAUUUACCCAGAAUAUAUAAUAGAAUAUGCAGAAGGGUACAGCUGUGUGAUCUUGUAAUGGACAGCAA